AUGAAGAUCCUCAUCAUACCGUACGACGGGGGCAACCAGUCGCAGGCGAAAGCCUCUGAGGACGGGGUAACGCGAACUCAACAUGCUGCACGUGAAUACCACCGAAAUGCAAAGCUGCGUAAGGCGAGAACCAAAGCCCGGGCCACAGAGGGUGGCGACCAGCGACAGCGAAAGGCAAAGAAAACAGGCGGGUCUACUGGCUCACCGGAGACAGAGGACGGUGAGAAGCUUCCUGUCAGGCAGCAGCAGCAGCAGUCAUCUCUGCACACGCUCCUGGGAGUCAGUCGCGCCGAUCCGUUCAAGACUGGGUGCAGUUCCGACGUUCCCGUCUACGUACACGAGAUGUUAGAUCAUGCUAUCUCGUACCAAUGGUCGGAGUUUCGGCUCUCUGAUGACGGAGCAGGACUGAACGCGCCUAAGGCCGAGAUCAUGCAGUCCGUGAUGAAGUCCCCCCAAGCAUGGUAUGCCGUGAUAUUCGCCGGUGCUACUCACGACGCGUACCAACACGGUGCCUUUGGAGCGCCCAAGCAGAACGAGCAGCUCAGAUUGUACUACAAAACAAAAGCCAUCGAAGCGCUGCUGGAGGACAUUGCUCAGAACGCCGAUAUGGUCUCCGAGGAGACGCUCCUGAGUAUGAUUGUUCUAGCUUCUCACGGUACGGGUGAGAAGCUCCGGGGCGCAGACUCGGCCAAGCGGCGAGAUUUGCGCCUUCCUUUUGUCCCUCAUGUGCAUGGUGUGGAAUACUACUCGGCCAUGGAUACGGGCUCGGAGCAUCUGAACGCCGUGUACUCGCUGGUGGACAAGCGGGGAGGCCUUCGAUCCAUUCGGCUUAGAAGCCUGGCUAUCUGUAUCCAACUGUACGACAUCUAUGCCUCUUGGAAGAAGUUACAGUCUCCUCAUUUUGACCUCCUGGCGCCAACAGCAUACGCCAUUAGUCUAAGAGCCCACAAAUCCGAUGCCGUCGCGUGCGACUUGCUCGGGGAGCAUGCGAAUGGCUUUCACGCAUUGCUCAGCAUUUAUAGUACCCUUGAUCACCUCGUCGAGAUCGCCGAACACGCGAGUAUCUUCUCGGCAGACUUCGACCAACUAAUCCGGUGCUACAGUCUUCCGAAAGAGCAACGGUGCCAGGGGAAAAUGCCAAACAUCGCGCUCGUGAAGUUCACCCGCUGGUGCGUGCUGCAUGAUAUCCUGACGCUCCCUGCCCCUGCAUCUGAGGCCGAUCACGUCCUUGAGCUGGAGGAGCACACAAUUUCCGAGAUCUGUCGCCUCAUUUUACUGGCAUAUGCCGUCUUCGCAAUCGUUCCCAUGUUACCGGAAAGCAAGAUCCAUGAGCGGUUGGCAGACAAGAUCGAACGUGUUCUGCACGACGCCGUCGAGCUGGCGAUCCCUGCGAGACACCCGGAACUUUUCCUCUGCGUCGUGGGCUGGGGUUUCAUGUGCGCCCACAAGGCUGUCCGCUCUGGCAAGCUAGGGAAGCUGCUGCGGAGUUUCGUCGCGUUCUUGGAAUAUCAGGACGUAGUAAAGCUGCAGGCGGACGAAUGGCCAGCCGUUGCGGACGUCAUGAAGUCAUUCCUGUGGUUGGACGCUUACUGCGAAGAGCCCGGCCAGAAGUUCUGGGCGUGCGCGUGCGGGCUCGCGCAGAAGUACUUCACCAGGGACUAA